AUGGGCGGAUGUACCGCUGUAAACUGUUCGAAUUCCCGAAGAAAAGGUAUUCGUUUAUUUCGAUUUCCCAAAGAUAUUUCAAGACGAAAAAUUUGGCUUCAAAAUUGUCUCCGAGAUAAAUGGGUACCUACAGAGUCGUCGGAGUUGUGUGAAAUUCAUUUUGAGGAAAACCAAUUCGAACAGCAUCGUCUGGAUGGUUUAAAGAAACUAAAAUCAAAUGCAAUUCCAACACUCAUUGAUGUGCCCAAUCCCUCUCGCAUGUUGGAGACCAAAAUAAAAUCCUUGUAUAAGACUAUAGGAAAUUUGAGUAGUGAUAAUCUUAAGAAAAAUGUAUCUUCGACUGAAAAACGAUUAUCACAGGCUACAUCAAUAGAAAGCAAUGUUACCAUCAGUGAGAAUCACUCUGAACCUGUUAGCUGCCUGGAGAGGAAUGAAGAACUUGAAAAAAUUAGAGCUGAAAUGAAUCGCCUAAAAGAUGAGAAUGACCACAUGAAAAAAGAAAUUAAAGAACUUGAAAAGGUUGAAGAAGAAAACAAGCUAGUUCAGCUGGAAGUUGAACACUUACAGACCAAAGUUAAGAAAGCUAAUGAAUUGUUACAACCAAUUCCUUAA